ACUGAACAACAACAUUUCAUAGAAUCAUGGGAUGAUGGACUUACAGGGAGAAGAAACUUUCUUCAGAAUUCAUCUCCUCCCAUCCUGUCCCCGCCCGAAGCUGUCAGCCACAGACAGCGUAAUACUCUGAAUCACAGAUUCACAGAAUCUCAGCAUUUAAAGGGAUCUCAGAAGUCAGUUGGUCUAAAUCACACCUGAUCAAGGAUUCCCUCCAUAUAUUCUAAAUUCAUCCCUUUAGCCUAGCCUGGAUUAGAUUCUGAUGGCCUUCCAGGAAACUCAAUGACAGCUGCUCUGCAGACCAGCUGUCUUCAAGACAAUGAUCAUACAGGUGGGGAUACAACAUGAGAGCACAGACUACCUACAGCUGAGCAGCCCCAGGUAAAACAGGAAAAGAGUCCAAGACUUCAAAGCUGGUUGACUGGAAGAGUUGACUGGCAACAGAACAAGGAAAUGACACACUCAAAGUCACACAGGAAGAAAUUAAGGCUAAACAUAGAGCUGCUACCUCAAAGACAUCUGUCAGACAUCUGGGGAGAUGUACUUCUAUAUGGCAGAGAAAUGAGAUGUCUCAGUGAUGGGGAGGAGGGAGUGCUUCAGGUACUCAAAAGUUCUGAGAUGGUCCCAGAUCUCAGGUCAGCAGGAGGAACGGGAGGACUUGGUCCUAGAAACCUGAAUUCUUGAAUGUGGACUUCACCCUGGAGUAAUUCAUUCCUCUACAGCAGUAGGAAGAAAUGCAGAUGGCUGUCUUCUCUUCUUCCAUGUUUCUGCUCAUCUUUCUCUGGAGCACAGAGCUGGGAGCUGAGGGUCAAGAAUUCCACUUUGGACACUGUUGGGUACAACGGGCAAUUCUUCAAGACUUAUGGAGGGCCUUCCAGUCUAUAAGGAGCACUGUGCAAGCCCUGGACAACAACACAGACGUCCGGCUGCUGCGGCAGGAGUUUCUCCGGAAUGCCUCGUUGGCUGAAAUCUGUCACCUCAACUACUCCCUGCUGAAUUUUUAUUUGAGCAACGUUUUCAUUAAGUACCACACAAAGGCAGAGGAACUUGGGAUCUUGACACCAUUCACUACUUUGGCCAACAACUUCUUUGCCAUCCUGAAGAAGCUGCAGGGUUGUAAGGAAAGAGGGAUGUUUUCUUUAAGCGAGAGUUCCCAAAGGAAGUUUCAGCUAUUUCAGCAAGAAUUUACAAAGUUGAACCCAGAAGUGAGGCUGACAAAAGCCUUGGGAGAAGUGGACAUUCUUUUAGCCUGGAUGGAGAAAGCCUUUCGGCCAUGAUACAGCAGCCCACCUGCUAUCCAAAACUCCCCACCAUUUCAAUUGCGUGCCACGUCCCGUCCUGUGGUUUUUCUAUGUGUCCUUUCUUCCUGCCAGUGAUGUUGCCCUGUGCUCAGGCUGCUCCCAGCCUGUCUAUGUUCCCUUUUUAGUAGCCACAAUUCAGCUAGUCUACUCAGGGAGGCUACACUAAGUUGCUGUGAAUAAUUCUCAAAGCAGAUGACAAAAUGCUGGCUAGUUGUAAACUGUAUUUAUUCCAGAUGUAUUUAAUAAUUUAUUUUUAUUUAUAUUGGGAGACUAUACACCCCUUUUAUUUAUAUGGGAGGACUAUAAGAGGACCAGGGUUCAAAUACUACCUCUGAUCCUUACCACCUGUGUGACCUUGGGCAAGUCACUUAAUUUCCCUGGGUCUCAGUUUCCUCACCUAUAAAAGGAGGGGGUUGAACUAGAUGGCCUCUGAUGUCCCUUUCGAACUGGGUCUUGGAUCUAUGGAUUAAAUAUUUCUCUUGUGUCCACUGUGGUGUCUGGCACAGUGAUGGGGGAUCCCAGGGGGUGCUCAAUAAAUACUGAAUUGAACUGAA